AUGAAUUUUCAUGCAUUUACAACUGGUAACAUCGCCGGAUCUGGAAGGCAGCCUCGAGUCAGCAAGAAGCUCAAGGCACGAGAUUUUCGCCUUUGCACUUUGGAGCCUGUUGAGACGAAAGCACCCCUUCCAAUACCUGAUGUACCGGAACACUUCAACUAUGGAAUAUUCUAUGAUGAUAACUACGACUACAUGCAACACAUUAAGUCCCGAGAUGAAUGCGGAACUGGAAAGUGUUACCGUAUUAUUACCCCGGAAGGCAAGCCAUCUUCAAGCAACGUCCCCCAAACCGACGUAGUUAUACUUGAGCCUGUUGACUAUUCUAACUCUACCGACACUUCUUCCGAUGAUGACGGAGAACUCGAGGAGAACUUCGUAGAACUGGCUGGUGGCCCUAAAUUACGGGAGGGAAGUGAUGAGCCAGAUGCACAAUAUGACAAGUUCCAGGGCAGACCCGAGCUCCUCUCUAUGCAGAAGGUUCUGAUGAUGGAGAAAUUCCUAUUUGGCACCAAUCAGCAAUCAAGCGAUUUAUCAGAGGAGUGUGCACAGGAACCUUCGCUACCAACACUUUCGAGGAGCGGAAAGCCGAUGACGGAUGAAGAGCUAUACCUACAGCAGGAAUUUAGCCAGCUUUUGGUCAAAUGCAAGCAGCAUUUCGAUAUAUCUGACGUCAAUUCAUGUGCCUCGAACGCUUCCGUGUAUAGCGAAAAUCUACAUCACGCAUUGGAGGCGGAUUUCCUCGCGACGGAAGACAGAAAAAUGAGAAGGGAACUCGAUUCGAUCCUGGAAGAGGACAAAAAUAUAAUACUAAGUCAAGAGGCACGAUUAAUGGAGACCGACGAUAAGGACGACUCGCUAGAAGAAUGGUUGGGAGAGCCAAAAACAUUUGCGGCGGAUGUAAUGUCAUUGGCAUCUUCGAAUAAAGGGAAUUUGACUCGCUUGCCGAAGAAACUCCUUGUUCCACCUCCCUACAAAACAAGAAAAGGAUCAACGACUGGAGAGGACACACUAUCCGUAGCAAAACAAGGCAAGCCAGUUCCAACCCCUAGAGAAAGUGCCAGCGCUGACUGUCGCUCAAGAGAAGAGAGUAGUGAAGAGAAAAAGGCAAGAAAGAAGCUCGUGAGGCUUGACAAAUUUGAUCGUAGACAGAUACGGAAAAUCAAUAAAGAGAAUUUUAAAUGUGAAAUCGUCAGUCUACGUCCAGCAUAUGGGGCGAAAUUUAGACAUAUUGAAUAA